CGAUCUCUCGAUACCCCCCAGACGAGUUGCCAGGCAUCGUGUUGCAGCACGGGCACCCAAGACUCGCCGUCAGAUUCGACAAUCCUCCAAAUUGGCUCGCAUCGCCGCCUUCUUCAUUCCGUCUCACCUCGCAUAUGUAAUCUUUGCAGAGUGAGAGGCGAGUUCAGUAUCGCAUCUGUUGGGGACCAUGGUUCUGUGAGGCGGUUCAGACUUUGGACCAUCGUUUCCUCUCGUUACUUGCUUACGCUCUCUUACCGACGAAAACAGCCUCCACCACUUCUCCACACUUCGUCCUAGUGUAUAUAUGCAGCGCCUACCUUUGAACGAAUUGACGAGCACUCAAAAGCUGCGUGAAUGACAUUCUUUGCUGUCGACAGCUGACCCGUUAUUCCUGCAGCCUCCACUUCUCGCUCCCUUGUUCAGUUUCAAAUCGCUUGGUCCCUCCCCUCCCUCGUUCCCAGCCAGCUGGCCGGGUAGGGCCCGUCGUAUCCAUUUCACCACUGGACAACCCGCGGAGGCAUUACGGGGUUCAGUGCCUCUGUGCCCAGUCUAGUUUCAAUUAUUCGUCGCAAUGUCCACAGCAGCAUCGCAAGCUUCUCCAGUCGUAGUUCGCAAUCCUGCUACUCAACACCCGCAUCCAUCCUAUCGACCUCCUGCUGCUGACACCCCCCAAAGAACUCGCACCAGCGGUGGAGGGGCGGCACAAUAUUCUCAUUCCCAGAGUCGUUCGGGCUCGCGAUCUUACGGGCACGAUCGUUCGGCGUCAAAUAAAGGCCCUCCAUCUGGCCACCCGCGACGCGAAUACGAAUCGCUCAAAGCCGCCACGGCUCCUCGCAGCGCAUCCCGCGAUCGCACUCAAGAACCCAAUCUGCCAUACCGGACUGAUUCUCGUGUUCAUCGUCGCCAGUCUUCCAAACCUACAUACUCUCGGAAUAGUACCGACAUGACCGGCCCAAGUUCCGGAGUAGCCGAUGGAUAUGGUUCUGUGCAUACGUCUCAUCAUCCGCCAAACGGGUCUGGUAUCACCAACCAGACGAGACGACGCACUACAAUCACUGCUUCAUCGGGCCAAUGGGCUUUAGGCAAAACGAUUGGGGCUGGGAGCAUGGGAAAGGUGAAACUUGCUAAAAACGUAGAGACUGGUGAACAGGUAUCGUGGAAGCCGCUACAAUUACGAAGACAUGAGGAAAGUCCCGAUACUAACGCUUCCCUCUUUUUUAAGGUUGCCGUAAAGAUCAUACCGAGACAUUCCACCGAAGAACAUAGAAGCACUCGGGAGAGUGAACGCGCAGACCGCUCGAAGGAGAUUCGAACAGCAAGAGAAGCGGCAAUAGUCACUCUAUUGAACCAUCCUUAUGUGUGCGGAAUGCGCGAUGUUGUGCGAACGAAUCAUCACUGGUACAUGUUUUUCGAGUAUGUGAAUGGUGGCCAGAUGUUGGACUACAUAAUUUCGCACGGAAAGUUAAAAGAAAAGCAAGCACGCAAAUUUGCUCGCCAGAUUGCGAGUGCUCUUGAUUACUGUCACAAGAAUAACAUUGUACACCGAGAUUUGAAGAUCGAGAAUAUCUUGAUCAGCAAAACUGGGGACAUUAAAAUCAUCGAUUUUGGUCUGAGCAACCUCUUUUCUCCAAAAGGCCAGCUCAAAACAUUUUGUGGAAGUUUAUACUUUGCGGCUCCUGAACUGCUUCAGGCUCGACAAUACACUGGUCCCGAAGUUGAUGUCUGGAGCUUCGGGAUUGUUCUAUACGUGUUGGUGUGUGGCAAGGUGCCGUUCGACGAUCAGAGCAUGCCGCAACUCCAUGCAAAAAUCAAAAGGGGCGUGGUAGAAUACCCGCAAGGGCUUUCAUCUGAUUGCCGAAAUAUCAUCUCCCGAAUGCUUGUUACCGACCCCAAGCAACGGGCUAGCUUGACUGAGAUCAUGAACCACCCUUGGAUGACAAAAGGAUUUAGUGGGCCACCCGAAAACUACCUUCCGCACCGCGAUCCACUACAGCUCCCGCUAGAUUCAGAAGUGAUCCGUAGAAUGACGGGAUUUGAUUUUGGGCCCCCAGAAUUCAUCUCUGCCCAACUCACCAAGGUGAUUGAAUCAGAGGAUUACCAAAGUGCUGUUCGUGCGUUUGUUAAGGAGCACCAUACUCCGAAUCCUGUGAACGACAAAAAAAGAGGCGUAUUCGAUUUCUAUAAACGCCGAAACUCGACCAGCAAAGACACGCUUUCCAACACCUCGCUCGAAGCAAUGCCCCAUGGUCUCGAUCCAGCUAAUGGCUACCACCCACUUAUUGCUGUUUAUAAUCUUGUCAAGGAAAAGCUUAACAGAGAGAAACAGGAGGUGCAUCCUGGUGGCUUGGCUAUCCCACAUAGCCCGGGCGAGGCACCCGUUAAAUUCCCCGAUAUCUCAGCACCUGAGGCUGCCCAUACAAACCAAAGAUCAUAUGAAAUUCCUGGAGAGAGGGAUACUGGGGGGAGGUCCCGGCCAAGAGCUCGGACACACGGCGACGACGAGAUAUCCGAAGGGAUCAAAAACCUCAAACUUGCCAAACCUUCGGGCCCAGCUUCCCCUGCCAUCGUUACCCCGCAGAUUGAGCAACCCCCAAGGAAGGAAAAUGCAGCUGUUGGUUUACUACGACGCUUGAGCACUAGAAGAACCCGUGAUAAGGGCCGUGACGAGAAAACCACUGCCCAUCAUGCGCAAGCUUUGAAUGUACAGUCACCAGAUAGUCUUCCUCCACCGCGGAAGAGUUUUAGUAUGAGAAGGACUAGACGAGGGGAAGCUUCACCUGCUACUAUUCACCACGGGGGAAGUCAGCCUCAGCAACAAGAGGUUUCCCGUGGGGAGCUAUCUUCCAGAGCUAUUAAUCUACUGGGAAGGUCUACCAGCGUUAAUUCGGCAGAUUUUAGAAGCCGAAAGAAUCCCAGCCGAGGAGGAACAGAUACUCUCUCUCCAGCAACCGCACAUGAUCCGCCAUUGACAAGUGGCUCAGAUCGGUCGAGCCUAAACGUUCAAAGAUCCAAAGCAUCCGAUAACGCCAACUCGGAUUCUAGGUCAGGGUACAAGCCUCAGACGUUGAGAACAAAGUCUUUAGGCCAUGCCAGACGCGAAAGUAUUCAGGCUCGGAGGGCUCGCCGAGAGGAAGCGAGGGAAGCCAAUGUACCUGAAGAAACCGAUGCUGAGCUGGCGCAGGCAAGCACCAGCAUCGAGAAUGGCACUACCGCCGAGGAGUCCCUCAAGCCUGUGUAUCUCAAGGGUCUUUUCAGCGUGUCUACAACGAGUAACAAACCAUUACCGUUUAUCCGAUCUGAUAUCAUCCGAGUCCUGAGACAGCUGGGCGUUGAAUACGUUGAAAUCAGAGGCGGAUUCAGUUGUCGACACGCUCCCAGUAUAGAUCUGAAGCGUGUUAUCGAUGCGCGCCCACCAAGCCCAGAGCAGCAGGGCAUGGUCGCGGGCCACCGUCGUAAAAUCAGCUUUGGAGGUCUUCGUGGGCACGAACGUGAAGAGAAUAAAGAUGAUGCCAAGAGUCAACAACGGUCCUCUCGGCGACAUGCUGAUCAAAGCUUCAUCAGUAACUCGGAUGGAUCCGAGGACUAUGCCGCCAACCGUGAACACAAUGCUGGAGAACGCGUGUUAGGCGAAACAACGACUAGGGUACAGAGUGAUACCGGCGAAAACUUAGUACUUCGAUUUGAAAUUCUCAUCGUCAAGGUUCCUCUCUUCUCGCUUCAUGGAAUUCAGUUUAAAAAGGUAUCUGGGGGGAUGUGGCAGUACCGGGAAAUGGCUAAAAAGAUUCUUGAUGCCUUGAGACUCUAAAUCCGUGCAUCGUCACUGCGAGCGUUGCUCCAAUGAUUUUACCAGUCUCGGUUCCGCCGAUUGUGUUUCCGCAGUUAAUACUCGGCACUCAUCGUUAAAUUGGUUUUGUUCGAGUCCCAACUCGAGCGUUCCUCCGGUCCUCUGGCAGCUGCGAUUUCUAUAGCCACUUUGUCCUCACAGGGCUUGCAACCCUACCGUUUAAAGCCUGACAAAUGAUAGCAUACUUUCAACUGGUUUCGGCUAAUUGUGUCGAGUCGAAUCCCCUGGACAGCGAAGCAAGCUCACUGUCACCGUCGCUGUCAGCACAGAUUCCUCUAGCGACUCUUUUCUUCUUUUCCCUCAAAUAUUGACUUUUCUUCGAACACAGUUAUUUAUGGACUGUCAAUGUGGGCCUUAUGCUACCUUAGCAGUGUAUGAUUUUUAAUUACCCAUUUUCGCCUCAUGUGGUUUAUUUGAUGAAACGGAGUGCUUAGUGACUAUAUCCACCCAUACUACAUCAGCCUUUAUAAACGUUGCUUUUCCCAUGAUAUUGUCUGUUUGAGAAAUGAUGAUUUAGCUUUUCAUUUUUGUUGAAGACUUUAGCCUCUUGAUGUUUGUACCGUAUCUCAUGCUACAAUCAGAAGUCUUGAUAAAGAUUUGAUUGUAACUAUUGUGUCAAGCAUGCAUAAAACAGUUUCAAAAGCAGCAUUGGUCUGAAAGUAUGGCAGGUGUGUAUUGGCAUUUGAAUGAGCAUAACUAGCAAAAGCUAUAAGGCGCAUUCAUAUUUGUCUGCUUGCUAGUUUAUUCUUAUGACCUGUGUAGUAUCUAUCUCAAUACGUACUUGAAUGCUGAGUGCUCUGUUGGGAGAAUUCUAUAAUGAUCAUGA